UCCAACUAAAUAGCUACAGCGUCCCCCUCGACUCCUACUAACAACACCUGGCCCUCAUUAACCCUUCCAUCCUCAACACAGAACCCCUUCCCCUUCCCCUUCCCCUCUCCUCCCCGGCUUAUCUUUUAACUGUUUCUCUACAUCGAUAUGGAUUCCACCACCUCGAUCCUUCGCUUUCCCUCCUCGCCUAUUUAAACCCCCACCCCCCAAGAUUCGAGCCUCAUCUUCUGCCACAGUACAGUUCCACCAACCUCACCGCUCACUCUUCUUCAUCAUGGCCUCAAUCAAUCCCCAAGAUGAUUCAUUCAAUUCCUACCUCACCGCUUCGAACCGACGGCAGGCCGACGACGGCGAGAUCGAUAUAUUCGGCGCGGAGAAGUACUUCAGCGGGGUGAUGGACGGCGAAUUGGAGCGCGCGGCGGCCGAGAAGAUCAGAGCGAAGAAGGCGACGGAGGAGAAAGCGCCGAGCGCGAAGUCGAAGUCCGGGACGAAGAGCACGACGAGUUCGGAAGCGAGCUUCAACAGCCGGAGUAAUCUGCUACGCGACCGCCGCCGCCGGGACAUGACCCCGCCGCCUCCCGACAAGCCGCGCGGCAGGAAGUUCCUCGGCGUCUUCCGGUGCUCGUGUUCGGGGAGAAACGCGGUGGAAGUGGAGGCGGAAUGCGAGAAGGCUCGAAUCGCCGAGGCGAAAGAGCAAAUUGUGAGGGAGUUGCGGAUGGAGAGGCUCGGGCUCGGGCUUAGAGAGGAGGCUCUCUCUUUCCCGCCGAAUUUGAAUCCCGUGGCGGGAAAAGUGACCGUUGGGAGCGGAUUUAAAAACGGAGAGGAAGAGGAGGAUGACGACGUGCGCAGCGAGUCGAGCUCGGAGCUGUUCGAGCUCGAGAGCAUAUCGACGAACACGGGGCGGUUCACGGAGUCGGCGCCGACGACGGCGUACGAGCCGAGCGAGGCGAGCAUCGAGUGGAGCGGUACCAGAUGGAGAGCUUGA